AUUCGAUUUUGCUGGAUUUUGCAAUGAGUGAAAUCAGAACGAUAAUGAUAUUAUGUAGAACGUAUAGCAGAAAAGUGCCUCUGCGGAAAGAUCCACUCGCUGGUAUUCGUAAAAGAAUACAAUUGAUGGAUCACGAUGAAUCGGUUGACAGUUUUGAUGCCGAAGACGUAAGCGAGUUCGAAGCGGACUUUAUGAACGUCGGUAUAAGCCAUAAGAUGCACGAAAGAGAGAUGCGGAUCAGGAAAGAGCGUCUUAAGCAACAAAUAGUCACUCAAAAGUAUUUUAAAGAGAAAGAACCACGUUUUCUUACAUUUAUGGAAAGAGAGUUGAUUCACAAGUUACACAAACACAAUCCCGAGGAGUGGACAGUGGAAAAACUCAGUGAGAGUUUUCCCGCUUUACCAGAGACAAUACAAAGAAUUUUGCACGCCAAGUGGUCGCCAAAAUCAGUGGAGAGGGUUGUGGAAUACGACAAUGUGGCAGUUCAAAAUUGGGAGAAAUUUCGAAUGGGUAAACUUUCGUUAAGUCCUGCGCUCAGCAAGCAUUUAAAGAAAUUUAAGGACAGGAAAAUUAUUUUGGCGAACAGAGACUUGUUAGCGAAACAGUUUGUCCCUGAGGUGGAGUUCAAGAAGCCGAAGAGUCAAUUGUUCUCCAGCAUUAUAAAAACUUACCUCAAUGAGAAACAAAGUGACGUGAAGUUGCUGCACCAGGAGGACAAUUCAAGCGGUAUGGUAGAUAAAUCUGAUCAUUCUGAAAGUCAGAAUUUACUGAUCGCGACUAAUAGCUCUGCUGCUGUAACAAAUACAGAGAGAUUUGUUUUGGAUAAACAAAAUGAGUCUCUUACGUUACAAUUACAUGCAGAUUUACAACAGUCUGAUGAGUCAUUUGACAAGAGAAAAGAAAAGCUACUUACAUUUGAUGAAUUUGUAAAAACAAAGAUAGAAGAUAUAAACAAGGAGUCUCCAGAAGAGGGUAUCACUUUACUGAAUGUAUAUAAAAGUCAGAUGGAUGCCAAGCAAGAGAUACAAACUGUGGAAGUUGCCAUGGCAUCUGACUAUGCGACGACUUACGCGAAGGAGGAUACUUCAUCAGAAAUGGUACAAAAAUCUAAUAAAGAUGUUACUAUAGUUCGCAAGGAUCAGGAUAAAAAUUUCAAUAUUAUUGGAGCGGAUGACAAUUUGUUAGACACGAGUAUCAAAGUGUGGAAUAAGAAGGUGGACACAGAACUAAAUUAUGCGAAGCCGAUAAAGAUUGCGAAGCAUCUCUACAAGCCUGGCAUGACAUAUCGGAUCAGCGAUUGUUAUUACGAUGACGAUGGGGAGUUUUUAUAUAGAGUUCCAGGUGUACAUAGCUGAAGUCUCCUUAUGGUUAUUAAUGUGUACAUAACAAAUUUCUAUGUAGUAUGCAUAUAUUAAUUUGUAUAGAAAUGAAAUAAAAAAAGAUUGUGACUUUAA